UUUGGCCCAUCUUGGCUACCGUUGCCUGGUCUUCUUUGAACGUCUUGAGGUUAGUGAAGAUGGCGGAUCUAUCUCUGGAUGAUUUGAUCCGGAAACGUGGCCUUAGUGUUCGUGGAAGACAGAAUCCCAGGCCGGUACUAGGCUCCAGUGGAAUAAAGUCUAGAAUUGGAAACCUACAAGUCAGUACAAGCAGAAUUACCCAGAAUUCAAGUACUGGCUUACAGCGAACAUUUGAUGCAAGGCAAAAAAUAGGUGUUACAGAUGUUCGACUCAGAUUGGGAGUAAAGGAUGCUCGGGAGAAACUUGUACAGAAAGAUGCUCGAUUUAAAAUCCAAGGGAAAGUACAGGAUGCUCGUGAAAUGUUGAACUCUCGGAAGCAGCAACAGGUUGACGCUGUUGCUGAUAAAAAAGUCACUCCAUUGACUGAUGCCAGGGAAAAACUGAGCUUGAAGAGGAGCACACCAGUUGUAACAAGCAGCUCACAAGUGGGGGCAGUCUCUCCUACAGUGAAAAUCACAAAAACUAUUCAACAGAAAGCAGCAGUUUCUGGACCUUCUCAUCCUUCAACAGUACGUAUCAAUGUCUUCAGCAACCAGGCGACUGACCAGGGAGAAGAAGAGGAGGAUGAGGAAGAAGAGGAGGAGGAAGAAACCAUAACCAUUCCAAACAAACAAAUGAAGAUUACAACAACAAAUGACUUGGUUCAGACACGGUCUCUGGCAAGCAGCUUUAAACUAUCCCUGGCUAAAGCACCCCCACUGAAGAAGGUUGUGCAGAAUGACACAUACACAGCUCCGGCUCCGGCUCUGGUUCCAGCCACCACUGCCAGAUUGAAAACUUUGACAAAUCUUUCAAGAACUCUCAUGUCCAAACAGGAGGAUGCGUCUCAACAGCCAGCACCAGCAGAGCCAGUAUUAAGUCCAUUAGAAGGUACAAAGAUGACCAUAAAUAAUCUUCAUCCCAGAGUCACAGAGGAGGAUAUUAUUGAACUAUUUUGUGUGUGUGGUGCACUGAAGAGAGCUCGCUUAGUAAAGCCAGGAGUUGCAGAAGUUGUUUUUGUUAGAAAGGAAGAUGCCAUUUCAGCGUACAAGAAAUAUAACAACAGAUGUCUUGAUGGACAGCCAAUGAAAUGCAAUCUUCAUGUAAAUGGAACAAUCAUUACAUCUGACCAGCCUAUUCUUUUAAGGUUGAGUGAUACACCAGCAACAAAAAAGGAAGAACCACGUCGACCAAGUUCCCGUUCAUCUUCAAACCCUCCAGCUGAAGUGGAUCCCUCUACCAUCCUGAAAGCCUUAUUUAAAUCAUCAGGACCUGUUUCCACUUCUGCAAACCCCACAGCUUUUAAAAUAAAACUCUGAAAUGGGGGGUUAGGAGUAGCAUGUGGAGCAAACAUGCAUUUAUUAGAAAGCAGACUUGGACUAUGGACCAUGUUCCGACAUGUUACUUCACCUGUUUUAUAGAAGUCACUACUUUUUUUGUAAAACAAUUUUCUUUGUUCUGUUUUUGUGGUUGAACCAGAACAGAGAGAGAGAAGCAGUGGAUUUUAUAUGUAAAAUCCCUGAUCGAUGAGUACGUUUCUAGGGUGUGGGAAAACACAGGUGGGAUAAAAUCACAAAGGGAGGUGCAUGCAUACAUGGAAGUGGUGGAUGCCAGACAUUUACAGUGCAUUCUGCAGUACUGGUAGAAGUCCCUUGUCAUCCUGCCUGCGUUUUUCAGUUCUGUAAAGAAGACAAUGACUGUUGAAUAAGGUAUAUGACUGCGACCACACAGUUUCUUGACAUUUGGUAACUGUUUGUUCUGGAAGUUUUGGGUCUGUGUUUCAGUGCAUUUUCUGCACCACUGGUUGAUGAUUAUGUAAAUGCUACUUCCCAGUUGCUUAUUCUUCCUCAUGUUUUUCAGUACAAAAUUAAUAUUUUCAUUUAACAGUAAAAAUCUCAAGCUGUAGCUAAGUUUACGUAUCACUUUUAAAGCUGAAUGAAUGUGUAGUAGGUGAUUGAGUAGGUUUGUUUCUUCACAUCUUAAAAUUGUGUGUGUGUAUUAUAUGUAUAAAUAUAAUAUGUAUACAUUUUUUAGACAGAAAUUGAACUCUUUGGGGCCUUUCUGCUUUAAUUAACACAAAGCAUCACUGUUACAGCAUUGCAGAAGUAGCAGAUGGCAGUGUUUGAAAUCAUAAAUACUUUGUGUCCCCCCACCCCAAGAUGUUUGAUUUUUUUUGUCUAAUUUUGAACUGUAUUACGUGAAGGUAUAUGCAAGGUCACCUUUUUCCAUUUUCUGUGAAAGUACCAUAAAAUUCCAGCAUUUGAAUUGUCUGAGUACUUGAAAAACAAAACAUUUCAUGAAUUUGUGAUUUUAAGCCACAACAUGCAUUCAUUCAGAUUAACUGUCUUUAUAUUUGGUACUCGUGAAACUGUCAUUUUGUUGUAUUAGUAUUCAUCAGUGAGAGUUGUUUUUAUUUUUUAUACAGAUACAUAAGUAAUUAUAAUUGGAUUAACAUAAUGAAUAGAAAUUGCACAUAUUCACUGAUAUAAUACCCAAAACUUCAGCUCAUACAUUUAGAAUGUUAUACAAUUUUUUUUUUUUUGGUUAACGUUAGAAUUAAUGUCCUUGCAUACUUAUUUUACGAGUUAAGUGUUUUGUAGAAUGAUUAAAAUGUAAUGCAGUGCUUGAUGUUUCCAUUAGAAGUAUUACAGAAACAUUGUUUUUUGAGUGGUAACCUCACUCCCCACCUUGGGUCAGAUGAGCAGCAUUGCCAGUAUCCUGCCAGUCCACAUUUUGUGACUAUGAUAAUAAACAGAAAAGAAGAAUGGCUUAAGGUGAUUAAA